AACUCACUCAAUCAAAAUGAUAAGAAAUUCUUCCUGCAACUGAAUGCUCAUUGAUUCGAAUUUGUAUAUACCCCUACUCGAAAAAAAAAUCUCCAAACCCAAGGAGGGUGCUUGCACCCCUCCUCUACCAGUGGUAUAUAGUAUAUACCAUAUUAUAUUCCACAUCCAAACUCUUGGCCAACUGUUGCAAGAUCAAGAGAGGAAAGUGAGACUUGUCAACGCAUUCGCAAUUGUAUUCCUUCCUGCCCAACAGAGAAUCGUCGUUUUUUUGACGAGACAGACAACCACCACCACCCUCUCAACCUCGUUAAUGGCUGCUUCCACCUCGUAAUAAUAUAUUUAUAUUUAAUUUCCCUCUGUCUCCUUCUCCACCCUCGGUUGUUUUCUAACAUCUUCUGAAGCGCCAAACAACCCCUUACCGUUCUCCACCUUCGUCGCCCAGGCCCCGUUCAAAGAAGCGGCCAGAAAAUCCUGAAAGCCUUUCCAAGUCUGGUUUGUCCUUUCUCUGUCUUCCUUCCUGUCAUCAUUGAUUCCCUUCUUCUUCUCCGUCGAAAAUUUUCCAUACCCUCGAGAUAAUCUAAUUGUUAUUUCCCAUCGUCUCCCACGCUACGCCUCGUUUUCUCCGCUUCCGCUCUCUAUUUAACCAGGUCAUUGUCGUACCAACCCACCUACCCAUUUUCCUCUCCGCUGCUGUACAAUUUAACCCAUUUCCCCUUUCUGUCGACGGAAGAACUUAAUUUUCCUUCAGCUGCAUUCUUUCUUGCUGCCCUCUCCGUUGCUGCCUUCUCGGUUCAUAAUAAUCCUCUCUUCGCUCAAUCAGGUGAGGGUUUUGUUCUGUUUCUCCCUUUUGCUUCCUGUACUUGGGACACAACGGGAAAAUUGUGAUAAUAACAGCACUUUCUCUUUAGAUUCUGAUUGCAACUGCAACUGGGUUUUUUUGUUUGUUUUGUUUCCUAUAUGAUUGCAACCGCAUCGAAUAGAUCUCUAUUCAACAAUUGUCCCCAAUUCUUUUUCGCUAUGUUAUUUGGUCGCUGCUCCUUGAAAUGCCCCUCCACCAACUUGCGAAUGUUGCAUUGAUUUAGGUUUGCUUAUAAAUGCGUCUUAAGGAUUACUCCUGAUGAUUCUUUUGACCCUCGUUUUCUAUUUUGUUUUCGUGCUUUUACGUUUGGUUGAGUAGGGUGGGUAAUUGGGAAUAUGCCAAAAUCUGGUCUUUGAGUUGGGGCAUGUUAGUGACAAAUGCCGACGAAGCCAUCAAAAUGCCAUAAUAGGGGUUGCCCGCAAAAAUUUGAAUAACUCAUAGAAGUUAACUUGUUAGUUGCUAUGUUCUUCAUGCAUUUCAGAAUGGCUUGUUCUGCAUUUCAUCAAAAUACUGGGACACUCCAAUACCAUCACCAGCUGCGGCAAGUCUCUAGCUCGGGGAUCAAUAUUGAGUGUGGAAAUGUAUCGAUGAAAUUUCCUCUCAAGGUGUCUAAACUCGAAAUUGGGCUGUCAAGAAGGGGAGCCUACACAGGUAGUGAGAGAAGUUUAAGAGGAAUUAAAGCUUCAUCUUCUCAGACAUCAGUUGUUGAUCCUGUUUCUUCCCAAUCGAAUGAGGGCACUAAUGAUCUGCGAAAGAAAUCAAGUGAAGCAGCUUUGAUUCUGAUUAGGCAUGGUGAGUCAUUAUGGAACGAGAAGAACUUGUUCACUGGAUGUGUUGAUGUACCCUUAACGAAGAAAGGUGUUGAAGAGGCGAUUGAAGCUGGGAAGAGAAUCAGCAAUAUACCUGUCGACAUGAUAUAUACUUCUGCCUUGAUCCGUGCACAGAUGACUGCCAUGCUUGCAAUGACUCAGCAUCGCCGGAAAAAGGUUCCAAUUAUUAUGCACAAUGAGAAUGAACAAGCAAGAUCAUGGAGUCAGGUUUUCAGUGAUGACACAAUGAAGCAAUCCAUCCCAGUUAUAACUGCUUGGCAACUGAACGAAAGAAUGUACGGGGAAUUACAGGGUCUCAAUAAGCAAGAGACAGCAGAAAGAUAUGGGAACGACAAGGUUCAUGAGUGGCGGCGAAGUUAUGAUAUCCCACCACCUAAUGGGGAGAGUUUGGAAAUGUGUGCUGAAAGAGCUGUUGCUUACUUCAGAGAUUAUAUUGAACCUCAACUUCAAUCUGGUAGGAAUGUGAUGAUUGCUGCCCAUGGGAACUCUUUGAGAUCUAUUAUCAUGUAUCUUGAUGAAUUAACUUCCCAGGAGGUUGUUAGCCUGGAACUCUCAACAGGAAUACCAAUGCUGUACAUAUUCAAAGAGGGGAGGUUCGUUAGGAGGGGAAGCCCUGUGGCACCAUCUGAAGCUGGGGUAUAUGCUUAUACUAGGACUUUAGCUCAGUACAGACAGAAACUAGAUGACAUGUUGAAUUAGAAUCUCAUUGUAAGCUGAAAUCUCAUCUCAGCCAAUGGAAUCGUUUACCUUGUAUCCUUUCCACUUGUAUUUCUUCCUUUUCUUCAUGCGAUGCAUGGUUUUUGGUUUUGCAGGCUUUCGAUCUUGCAACGUAGUCCCGAUACUUGUAAUAGGAAAGAAAAUUUUAGAAGGCUGGUAUCCGUGCUUGUGAACCAAAGUUUGGCAAAUUUGUGUAGUUCUACUAGUGUGUGGGAUUCAAUCAAGAGUUUCAGCUGUUUGUUUCAGGGUAUUUUCCCUCUAAAGCAUGGGUGUGUUAAUCAUAUUUGGAUCAUGUUGAUGUAAUGGUGAGAAAUAAACAAUACCCGUGGAUUGCAAAUUUCUCAUGAUGCUGUUGCCUAACUCCUCCUAACUCAACUCCCAGAGAACAUGGUUAGUUUAGAGUUUUAUUGGUCGCCGAGAACUUAUAAUGCAUCACAAAAGUUCACCUUGCUUGGAUGCCGCCGCUUGAGGGAUGAGUACAAAUUUAGUCAGACGGAUUUGUCCUCUCUCCCUCAGGAAGUGCAGCGUCAGGCAGGCUGAUUAGCGACUGUAAUGGGAGAUGCUCUGAAGCCAUGUUUGCAAUUUUGGGAUCUGCUCGAUUAUUGCGACAAAACUGAAAGGGGCAGUUGAGGGUCUUAAGAUUGCUUGGGACAAAGGGCAUAGGAAAGUUCAACUACAGCUCGACUCAAUGACUGCAAUAUCCAUCAUGAAGAAUUGCAAGGUUCAACUACAGCUCGACUCAAUGACUGCAAUAUCCAUCAUGAAGAAUUGCAAGGAGGGAAACCAUCAACAUGGUUACCUUGCUCAUCAAGUUCGUAAGCUUCUCAAUAGAAACUAGAGAGUUAGUAUCCCCCAUGGUCAUAGAGAAAUGAAUUUUCUAACGUGUAAAGGCAAUUAUUUUGAUUUUGGUACACAUCUAUUCGAUGUGAGUGAUUCGGGUUUGAAUCGAUGGAUCAUUUAUAAUGUAAUGGGCAUUGCCCAACUUCGUUCUAUUAGAUAUAUGAAUUAGGACGUUGUUGCGUCCGUCUUUCUACAAAAAAAAAAAAAAAAAUAUAUCUUGCUAGCCAUUAAUGACCUCGAAGAAGUGUGGGAUCUCUUCGUGAUUAAAGGCCGACUUCUAUAGUCGUGUCUAGAUUUAAUUAGAGUACUAGGAAUUUGAAUGGGCAGGUCGGGUAGGUAUCUUAGUUGUUGAUGCCAAGUUUGGAGGAGUUUGCUUCAAUGUGUUUGAGAUCCGGUAAGUGCCGACUUCAUGGCCAACGUCCGUCACCACCAGCCUCCGAGAUUGACACCUGCAAAAAAGGAUUCGCCGACGGUGGUCGGCGGGACCUGCUCCGAAGCUCAAACUAGUAUUUGAGAGGAGAGUAACCGGGAGCGACGUAUUGAGCUGGCUCUAGAGAGAGAUCUCAUUAUGUGAAAGUGAAUUCUCAGAGGUUAGACCAGCCGCCUAGGAAACAAAAAUGAAUAGCCUAUUUAUAA